CACAUAUGCCCUCUUGCACAUAUGCCCUACAAUUUGGGCCUCGCCGACACGCUCACAGCCGCCGGCGUGAAUGACGGCGCGCGCGUGGCGGAGCUCUGCCUCCAAGAAGAGUGCAGCUCUCUCGCGGCGCUUGCGGAGCUCACGCCCGCGCUCCUCGACCGUCUCGUCUCUCGUGCGGGGCUCAAGAGCCUCUCCGAGGCGAGGUUCCGCCGGCUGGUUGAGGAUGCACAGGGCGUGGACCGCGCACUGCCGGUGUCGGUCGGCGUGAUCGUGACUGCUGACGCAGUCCCUCCGCCGGCGGCCGCAGUGCCAGCCGACCAAUGCGCCGGCGGCGCGUCCAUGUCAGAUUUUAGUCGUCGGGAUCGCACGUUAGGCAGCAGACCGGCGCCGUCGCGCGACACGCUCGCGCGCAGCCUGACACCCGAUUGGCUGCAGCCGCAUGAGCCCGUGCAGCGGCAGCCCUCACACGAUUUCUUCGAGAGGUUGCAGCCGAUCUUUGUGGCAUUCUCAUUCCUCCUCGGCUUCGGUGUGCUCCUUCUCAUUGCGUUUGCACCGGUGCGGGGCUUUUUUUCUUGGUUUUUUUCUCGCUCUCCUGGGGGCGCUGCCGAUGGGAGCCAGCCGUACUACCCGCGACUUAAAUUCGCUCUGAGUGUCUCUGAGAGAGUGUCUGGAAGGGAAACCACCGUCAAAUGCGUCCUGCGUACUAAAUAGCACACGCUACUCUGCCGGCUCGCACCCGUUGCGCACACGCAUGUGCAAACAGAGCGCUAUCCGCUAAAAAUCACAGUCGAC